CAGCCCCUGGCCUAAGCCCUGAUCCGUCCGGGCCAGCCUGCUGUGUGGGAUGUGGCCUGGCCAUGGAGGGGCAGACGGAGCUGGCAGGAGAAAACAGAGUGGCCAGACGCAAAUGAAUUGGCUGAUUGAGAUGCUGGUUUUCAUCUAAUGUGGUCGGCUCAGCAUGUCGGUCAGCGUCCACGAGACCCGGAAGUCGCGGAGCAGCACGGGGUCCAUGAACAUCACCCUCUUCCACAAAGCCUCCCACCCCGACUGCGUGCUGGCCCACCUGAACACGCUGCGCAAGCACCGCAUGUUCACCGACGUCACACUCUGGGCGGGGGACCGCGCCUUCCCCUGCCACCGCGCCGUGCUGGCCGCGUCCAGCCGCUACUUCGAGGCCAUGUUCAGCCACGGGCUGCGGGAGAGCCGAGAUGACACGGUCAACUUCCAGGACAACCUGCACCCCGAGGUGCUGGAGCUGCUGCUGGACUUCGCCUACUCAUCCCGCAUCGUCAUCAACGAGGAGAACGCAGAGUCGCUCCUGGAGGCGGGCGACAUGCUGCAGUUCCACGAUGUGCGGGACGCCGCUGCCGAGUUCCUGGAGAAGAACCUCUUCCCCUCCAACUGCCUGGGCAUGAUGCUGCUGUCGGACGCGCACCAGUGCCGCCGGCUGUACGAGUUCUCCUGGCGCAUGUGCCUGGUGCACUUCGAGACAGUGCGGCAGAGCGAGGACUUCAACAGCCUGUCCAAGGACACCCUGCUGGACCUCAUCUCCAGUGACGAGCUGGAGACAGAGGACGAGCGCGUGGUCUUUGAGGCCAUCCUGCAAUGGGUGAAGCACGACCUAGAGCAGAGAAAGGCCCACCUGCCCGAGCUCCUCCGCAGCGUGCGGCUGGCCCUGCUGCCCUCUGACUGCCUGAAGGAGGCCGUCUCCGGCGAGGCCCUCCUCAUGGCUGAUGAGCGCACCAGGCUUAUCAUAGACGAGGCGCUCCGAUGCAAGACCAAGAUCCUGCAGAACGAUGGAGUGGUCACCAGCCCCUGCGCCCGGCCACGCAAGGCAGGCCACACGCUGCUGAUCCUGGGGGGCCAGACCUUCAUGUGCGACAAGAUCUACCAGGUGGACCACAAGGCCAAGGAGAUCAUCCCAAAGGCGGACCUGCCCAGCCCCCGCAAAGAGUUUAGCGCCUCAGCGAUCGGCUGCAAGGUCUAUGUGACUGGGGGCCGGGGCUCCGAGAACGGAGUCUCUAAGGACGUGUGGGUAUAUGACACCGUCCACGAGGAGUGGUCCAAGGCGGCACCCAUGCUGAUCGCCCGCUUUGGUCACGGCUCGGCUGAGCUGGAGAACUGCCUCUACGUGGUUGGAGGACACACAUCCCUGGCAGGCGUCUUCCCGGCCUCCCCUUCGGUCUCCCUGAAGCAGGUGGAAAAGUAUGACCCCGGGGCUAACAAGUGGACAAUGGUGGCCCCAUUGAGGGAUGGCGUCAGCAAUGCCGCAGUGGUGAGUGCCAAGCUGAAGCUCUUUGUUUUUGGAGGGACCAGCAUCCACCGAGACAUGGUGUCCAAAGUCCAGUGCUAUGACCCCUCGGAGAACCGGUGGACCAUCAAGGCCGAGUGCCCCCAGCCUUGGCGGUACACGGCAGCCGCCGUGCUGGGCAGCCAGAUCUUCAUCAUGGGAGGGGACACGGAGUUCACAGCUGCCUCAGCCUACCGCUUUGACUGUGAGACCAACCAGUGGACGCGGAUCGGGGACAUGACCGCCAAACGCAUGUCCUGCCACGCCCUGGCCUCGGGCAACAAGCUCUACGUGGUGGGGGGCUACUUUGGGACCCAGAGGUGUAAGACCCUGGACUGCUAUGACCCCACUUCGGACACGUGGAACUGCAUCACCACCGUGCCCUACUCGCUCAUCCCCACUGCCUUUGUCAGCACCUGGAAGCACCUGCCCUCGUGAGGAGCACCUGCAGAGCCCAGCCAGACUCUGCGUGUCUCUCCCCACCCACGGCUGCAGCCCUACUGUCCCAGAGUGGCCCUGACCCCGUCUGCUGCCGCAGGAAGCUCAGCCUGGCCCCGGAGCUGCGCCCUCCCACCCCCAGCUCUGGGAGCAGCAGUCUCGGGGGGGCUGUUCUGAGCUUCAGACAAGAGAGGAAAAGCUGUCUCGAGUGCCCUGUGUGCCUGCUUUGCAGUGGCUUGGAGGGGAGAGGACCUUCCAGAGGGGCGCGGAUGACACAGGACUCGCUUGGCCGGAGAGAAGACACAGCUGCAGAGUGUUGAGGUGGCCUGAUCAAGCAAGUCCUGUUCAGGGGCUGGGAGGCCUGGGUAGGUUAGGGUGGCGGUCCUGGGCUGCCUUGGGGUCUCGUGGCACCAACAGCACAGCCUUGGCCUCACUGCCUCCCCCUGGUGAUCAUAAUGUCACACAACAGAGGGUGUCUCGGGCCUCGGGGAAACGGGGUCCACCAGGACAGCACACGAGUUGCCCAGGAGAAAAUCGAGGACACUUGUAUCCGGGGUGGAAACCCAUCAGGUGACCUCAGUGGCACCCACAAGACUUCAUUAGCAAACGACACCAAGAGCCUCAGCGUGAAAGAGGAAAUAUGUGGGUCCCUCCCCAGAGUCGGGCCUUGCUCUCACCACCUCUCCAUCAGACCAGCUGUGCCCAGGGGCAGAUGGACACUCGUGCCCUGUCUCAGCAGGACUCAGGGCCCCCCAUGUCCUCAGAGCCCGCCUCUCCUCAGCCCACCCCAAGACGUGGCAGUGACCCCAUCUCCUGACAGGGCCAUACUACCCUCAGGAUAUGGCCUUGCCCCCCAAGACUAGGAGCAGAGAGGAGCUGGCGACCUCAGGGUUGGGUUACACCAGGGCAUCCACUCUGGAUCCUACCAAGACCAGCCGCCUCGGCGUAGAGAACAGCAGCCAGGCCCGUGACCGGGCCCCCAACCAGCACCAGCUGUCCUCUGAGUCUGGGCCUUCCAGCUGGCCUGUGUUUGUUUGCUCACUGAGCUCCAAAAAUAAGAAUGGUCCCCAGGAGAACUGCCGAUUCUUGGCUCAUUUCUCCACCUCCCGAGUCAUUGGGUCCCUCCUCAGUCUGUCCCCAAUAUCUGCGGUUCUGGAUGGGUCAUCUCACACCUAGUAUUAGGGUUUGCAGGCCAGCCCUUGCCACCCCUGGGUGCCACUGGAGGGGGAAAGGGCCUGGGCCAAGCCUGUGGCUUCUCUGGCCACCUACCAGCUGCCUGCCAUUUGCUCGGUGCUGCUUGGCUGGUUCAGGACUGGGCACCAGAGCGGGCUGCACUGUCGAUGGGGCUGCAUCACAAAUGAGUUGCUGCCCAUAAUUUCGCCCUGCCCCCUCACAGGACCUCCCUGCUGCCACUGGUCCUAUGGGCAACUUUUGGGGAGGGCCCAAAAGGGGCUCAUGCCCCUCCAUGAGCACCAGCCCCAGGGCAUUGGCUGCCACUUGGGAAAAAGCUGGAAGCAGAUUGUGCAUUUCCAGGUCCCUUGGAGGCUGCAGACCCCUCCGUAACAGAGGCUGGCCUCCUGGGCUCCGAGAGCACAGUCUCAGCCCCCCAAACCCUGGGGCUCUGGUCUGGGAGAUGGUGAGGCCAGGGUGGCCGGGGCUGUGGGCGGUGAAGGAAGCUGCUCGCCUGGAGGCCCUGGGGCUUCUGGAUGGCCGAGGUGAGUUAAGCACACUUGUCACAUAGCACAACAGGCCUUGCAGUGGUGCUUCCCCCAAGUCGUGUUCCCUCCUGUUUCUAAUUUAAUAAAAGAGCUGAGAAAGA